AUGGCCGGAAAGGUCAUCGCGAUAACAGGGGGGGCUGCAGGCAUCGGCCUCGCGACAGCGUCCCUCCUUGUAUCCCAAGGCGCCAAAGUCGCUAUCGCAGACAUCAACAAAGAGAAUCUACAAAAGGCUGCGGUUGACCUAAAAUCAAUGUGUCAGAACGGCGGGGAAGUCAUCGCUACACAAGUUGAUGUACGAAAGAGGGAUCAGGUCGACAGCUGGGUCGACGAAGUGGUUUCCAAAUUUUCUAAAUUAGAUGGUGCCGCUAAUUUGGCGGGCGUUAUUCCGAAAAGUAUUAAUAUUGAACGAGUGGAGGACUUGAACGAUGAGGACUGGCAAUUUGUGUUGGAUGUUAAUGUCACUGGAGUGAUGCAGUGUAUGCGCGCGCAAAUUCGUCAGAUGAAUGAGAAGGGGAGUAUCGUGAAUGCGGCUAGUAUCGCAGGUCUGGGUGGGUUUCCAAAGAAUGCGGCGUAUACUGUGGCAAAGCAUGGGGUUGUUGGGCUAACGAAGACGGCGGCGAAGGAGGUGGGUGAUAGGCAGAUCAGGGUAAAUUGUAUUGCGCCAGGCAUCAUUGACACUGAAAUGCAUCGCGAAUCGGUAAGGAUUAGAGGAAGGGAGGGUGACUAUAAGAUCCAGAUCCCGAGGAAAGGAAGACCUGAGGAGGUUGCGGCGCUGAUUGUAUGGUUGAUGUGCGAUGGCUCGCAAUACAUUACGGGGACGGUACAGAUAAUUGACGGUGGAAUUAUGGCGUAA